CGCCGCCCUCCUCCAACACCGGAAUCAAGAAUAGGUAUCUUCCUAGGAAAGACGUUAGAGUUGCGGGGGAUCUUGGGAACUGGAGCAUAUGGCGUAGUGUAUUCCGCGCUCGACCAUUCCACCGGCAUCUGGUACGCCGUCAAGGCCCUGAGCAAAACAAACGCAAAUGGAGAGCCUUUGGAUCAGAGACAGCAGGAGUUCCAGUCAAGGGAGAUCAGGCUCCACUAUGCCGCUUCUGCCCAUCCUAACAUAGUGUCAAUGCUGAAGAUUGUCGACGGCGAGGAUUGUACCUAUGUUGUUUUGGAAUACUGCCCGGAAGGAGAUCUUUUUUCAAAUAUCACCGAAAAGAGGAGAUACGUGAGUAAUGAUGCUCUUGCGCAAAGGGCCUUUCUCCAGAUCUUGGAUGCCGUGGAACACUGCCACCGUUUGGGGAUCUACCAUAGGGACCUGAAACCCGAAAACAUUUUGGUUUCCAACUCAGGCGCGGAUGUGCUCCUAGCAGAUUUCGGCCUUGCUACCACGGAUUACCAGUCAGAGGACCAUGGCUGUGGGUCGACCUUCUAUAUGAGUCCAGAGUGUCUGGAUCAAUCAUCAAGGAAGCCCGCAUACCGCUGUGCCCCCAACGACAUCUGGUCCCUAGGUGUUAUUCUUGUCAACCUGACAUGUGGCCGUAACCCAUGGAAACAAGCCUCCCUUGAGGACUCCACAUACCGGGCUUUCGUUAGGAACCCCAAUUUCUUGAAGACCAUCCUGCCAUUAUCGGACGAGCUAAACGACAUCCUCCGCAGGAUCUUUGAGAGCAAUCCCGAGGACCGAAUCACCAUUUCUGAGCUUAAGCGCCGCAUCCAAAUGUGCUCCAGAUUUUCU